AUUUUUUUGAUAUGAUUUGAUUUUUGAUUUUGAUAAUAAAGAAAUUUUAAAUUUCUCAUUCUUGUUUCUUAAUAUGAUCGAAGUCUCAAAUAAAUCAUGACUUCAUUUAAAAAAUCAUUUGUUAAGCCAUUUGCUCGUCCAAAUGAUUCUUAUACCGUUGAAGAUUCUUAUUGGAAAAAACUAACGGUAUGUUUAAAUUAUUUAAAUAUUUAUUUUUUAAUAUUUUUUGAAUUGAAUACAAUUUUUCAGAGUCCGGUACUGGUCAAAGAAUUUGGCCCCAUAGAUUAUAUCAAUUUUUCACGACGCUCACCGUAUCAUUUUGCAGUUUCGUGUUCAGCCCGUGUAAGCAUUCUAUUUGAUAAAUUAAGUAAAUAUAUUAUCCCCAUCUAAAUAUAAUAUUUGAUUUAGGUUCAAGUUUACAAUCCUGUUACAAAGGUAGUUACAAAAAAUUUGAACAAAUUUAAAGAAGCUGCUUAUGGUGCAUCGUUUCGUAGAGAUGGUAAACUAUUAUGUGCGGGGGGUGAAGAAUCGAUUGUGAGAUUAUUUGAAGUUAACACAAAGUCUAUGUUGAGACAGUUCAGAGGACAUAAAGCGUGAGCCAUUGAUAAUUAGAAAUCUUUAUUGUAAUAUUUUCUCUAAUGUUUAAUUUUAUCGGUUUAGAGCUGUUCACCGUACAUUUUUUACUCGGGAUGGACAUCAUAUUGCUAGUUUUUCAGACGACAAAACUGUUUCUUUAUGGGAUAUCAGUAGUCAACAAAUAAGUGGCCACUUUGAAGGAUAUCAUACGGUAAAAAUAUUUUAUGUUAUAAUCCAAAUUAUAAAUUUUGAUAGUUAAAUUUAUGUCUAUUCAAUAAUAAAAAAUAAAUUAUGCAGCUAAUAAUCCAAACUAAUACCAUCCAUUUUUAUUCUUUUUUUAAAUAUUAUUGUACCAAAACAAGAAUUCUACUUAUAAUGACUAUUAUCAAUAUUAUCUGUUUAAAUACAUCAUGUAAUAUUAAUAAAAAAUUAGUAAACAAUACUAAUUUUGUAUUAAAAAAAAAAAUUAUUAAUUUUUGUUGGUUUCUAUAUUUUAUAGAUUUUUUGUUAAUUUAUAAGUCAUAAAACAUAUUUACGUAUAUCGCAUAUGUACAUUAUAUUAUUUAUUCGAAUGGGAUACUAUAUACAGUUUCAAAACUUUAAAUAAAUUAUUGUUUGUACAUUGUAUUUUUAAAUAAUUUGUUUUAUGAUUAUGAUAAAGUAUUAAAUGUAUGUGUUACCAUUUACCAAUCAAAUUGUAUCAUAAUACAAAUAAUUAUUUUUAUAUAUACUAUAAUUAAUUUAGGAGGCUCAACUUCUGCUUGCUUCGAUCACAGAUUCUUGUUGCAUAUUUACGUAAAUAAAUUGUAAAAAAUAUGCAACUUAUAAAUAUCAAAACUUUUUUGUGUAACAGAGAAAAAGAUGUUUAUAAACUAAAACAGGUUGGGUAAAAUUUAAAAACAUAAUUAAAAUAAAAAAAAUAAAUAAAAUUAGGUGUUUAAACUUAUCAAUAAUAUUAUGUUUUUAAAAUAACCUAAAAUAAAUGAGAAAAUAAUUGAAUCAAUCAUUACUAGUGUUAAGUUUUAUUGUAUUUAAAAAAAUUAUCCAUAUUAUACAAAACUGUAUGUGUAUAAUCGGACAAAUGUAUCCACUGAUAGAUUGUUUUCAUAAAGUUAUUUGACUAAAAAUACAUAAUAUUACCAAAAUAAUAAUAAAUAAAUGUAAUUUAUUUUUUUUUGAAUUUACAGGACUAUAUCAGAGCUGGAUGUGUUUCCCCAAUUUCUGAAAAUCUAUUUGUUUCUGGUGGCUAUGACAAAAAAAUUAACAUGUUUGAUUCAAGAACUAAGUCCGUAACAUUGUCAGUUGACCACGAAGCACCAGUAGAAAGCCUUAUGUUUUUACCUUCUGGCAGUUUACUGAUAUCUGCUGGUAAUAUAUACAAGUUAUUAAAUGUUUUCAAUUAUUAUUAAUCAACAAUAUAUAAAUUUACUCAUGUAUACAUUGAAAAGUUGAAAAAUAUAAAUCAUGUUUCAGGUGGUACUGAAGUUCGGAUUUGGGACGUUUUAGCUGGUAAAUUAUUGGCUAAACUCACCCAGAACCAUAAAACUGUUACUGCAUUGUGCCUAGCCAAACAAGGUACAGCCAUUGUAACUGCCUCGUUGGACAAGCACGUUAAGAUUUACAAUGUAUCAACAUUCCAAUUGUCACACGAUAUUACUUAUCCGAGUGCAGUACUCAGUAUUGAUAUAAGUGUUAGUAUUUUGAGCUUAUUGAUAGUAAUGAUAUUAAUCAAUUUUUUUUACAAAACUAUGAAAAUAUUUUUUUUUUCACAACUAAAGGUGCCCUUUGAAUACAAUAAGGUAUAUAGAAUAUAACUAAUAAUAUAUAGUAAUACAAAAUAAUAGAGUAAUUAUACAGUUAAAACAGUAAGGAGGGGUCCCUAUUGGUGAUACACAUUAAAUGUCUCAUUAGUUCAUUUUUCAUGUAAUUGCUUUUGAAUUGAGGAAUAUAAAAAGACAUUAGUAUAUAAGUAGGAUGUUGAGGAAUUUUGAAGUCUAUAAGUGAUAAGAGAGUAGGACAGUCUAUAGCGCUAGACAAUUAAACUCUUAGAAAAGUCUUUCUUAAUAAUGUUCUUUUAAAACAUUUUUUAAUAAAAUAUAUACUUUAACAAUAUUAAUAUUGCAUUUUAAUUUUGUUUAGUAACUUUAAAUAUACUUUUUGAAAAUAUUAAAUUUCAUUAAGGUACAGUUUCCAAGGUGCGACAGUCGCCGUUUGACUGUUAGUAUGUAAUUCCUAUUGACUGGUUUCCAACACGCGACUGUUGUCGCACGACUGAACUUUAUCGUGGCGACCGGCGACACUACUGGUCCAAGAGCAGUGUAUUGCGACUGUCGCGCGCGACCGUUGAUUUAUUUCAUUCACAAACCAGCUCUUGGGUAGUGUAUUUCGACAGUUCCGUACAGCAAUAUGGCUAAAUUGAAUUUUUCGGGAGAAGAAGAAGAACAACUGAUCGAAAUGGUUUUUAUUAACAUGAAAAAACUCGCGAAAUUUUGUUUCAUUUCGUAUUAAAUGUCAAUUUAUUAAAAUUUCAAAGUAUCCUUCACUUUUUCUAUUAAGAAAAAGUGCAUCAACUUUUUCUUUCUGAUCGCAUUGUGUUGUAAUUAAUAAAUCAUCAUCCUCUUGCUCUUCUUCAAGAAGAAGUAACAUUAUUUUAUUAUUGUUAUUAAUAAUUGUAUUCAUACUCAUAGUAGUAAAUAUACUAUUUAACUUUAAAACACUAGCCCUCACUGCACGAGAACCACAAUGAUACUGAAUACAGAUACAGAAUUUGAUGGUUUUCUUUACGUCUCGGCGACCAGUCACGCCUAGAAAUCAGCACACACCAAUGUCUCCGCGACCGGUCGCACCUUGGAAACUGUACCUUUAAUAAGUAUCAUUAAAAAUAAAUGUAUACAAAUAUAAGUACACACUAGACAUGAAUAUUAUUUAAUUUUAAUCCUAAUUUUUUUAGAUGGACGAUAAAACAAUUGUUGCUGGAACUGUUGAUGGUAUUGUAAACAUAACUAAACGUGACACAUCAAUUAAACAUAAUAUGAAAAACAAAACGCGACAAGCGAGAGCUGCAGCAAUUGUUCAAUCCGAUAGUAUUGAUAUGACUGUGCCGAUGAUGCAACCCGAUCAAAUGAGCAAGUUUGAUACUGCUUUAAGAAAAUUCAACUAUAGUCAAGCUUUAGAUUUGGUCUUAGUUCAUGCAGUUGCUUUCAAGAAACCUCAUGUAACAGUUUAUGUGUUUGACGAGUUGUGCAGGUAAACAAUGUUAAUCACAAUAUUUAUUUUUUUUUCAUUUUAAUAAAUUAUGUAUUGUGAUUUAAAUUCUAAAUUAAUGAUUUUUAAUAUUUUUGAUAAUGCCUUUAUAUGCAAAUUGAGUAGCUAUUUGAUUUCUUAUUUUUAAAUUACAGUACCACCCUUUAUUAUUUUAGAUUUUUGAAUAUUUUUAGCUUUACAUUUCAUUGUUAUUUAUUUUCUUAGGAGAAAUGGUUUAGUACAAGCAAUAUCUGGCCGGAAUCCAAAACAAUUAUCGUUUCUGUUAAAUUUUAUCGUUCGAUAUAUUGGAGUUCGAAAAUUAUCUAAAACAUUGACACAUGUAGCUUCAACUGUUAUUGGUGAGUAUAAAAUUACAAUUUAUUCAUUAAAAAAUAUUUAAAUUUAUGUAGAUAAAUUUUUUGCUAAAUACAAUAGAAUUCUUUACAAUCUUAUUUGUCUCAUUAGUGUGACUUCAUUACCAUAGUCAUUGCAUGAAUUAUAUUUUCGAGUUAUUAAAUAUAUUAUUUUUAGUUUUGAUUCUUAGAAUAACAAUUUUUUCAUACUUAUUUUUGUUGACAUUAAAUUAAAUUCAACUUGUAAUUGUUGUUUUGCUUGCGGUUUUGUUGUAACCUGGAGUUGCCAUUAUUUACAUUUUGGCAUUGUUAACAAAUUUAAAUUUAUUGAAUUUAAUUGGGCAACACAAUAUUAAUAAUAAAUAAUAAAUUAUGUACUAUUUUAGAUUCUGACAUUAUAUACAAAGACAACUAAUCAUUUAAUCAUUUCAUAGAUGACAUCUUCGAAUUUUUCUUUUUUUUAGUUUCCAAAUUUAUUCAUAAUAAAUACAUUUUAAUUUAUUUAUUAUUAUAUUAUUACAGAAAUUAACUAUUACUUUUUCGUUGUUAUCUUAUAGACUGUUACUGGGAUUCAUUUGAAACAUCCACUCUUGAAGUUCGUGCGCUGUUGACAAAACUACAUACCGUUGUAGAAAAUGAAAUUUUAUUGACCAAAAGAAUGUUGGCUAUUGAUGGUUUAGUUAAAAUGUUACUUAUUAGUUCUGAAGCAAUACCUGAUGCUUCUCAGACUGUACAGAAUGAAAAUAAAGUUGAACUAAAAACUUAACUGUUGUUUUGGGUUAUUUUUAUUUGUAUUAUUUGAUUUGUGUUGUUCAGAUUUGUAAGUUUUGUAUUUUCUUUUUGAUAAGACAAAAUUAACAUUUGGCUGUAUUAUUUGAUAAAUACCUAUCCAAAUAGUAAAAUACUAAAAGUUAUAGGAGACAAUAAGUAGUUUAAGGAGAAAUGAAGUGCAUAAUAUUUAUUAUAGUAGUAAUACUUAAAUAAAUAAAUAUUGUUGAUUUGUAAACGCCAAGUACAAAAUUGAAAAUAUUAAGUUUAUUAAAAAUAAUAAUAAUAAUACAAAAUGAAUAUGUACAAAAAAAUAAAAAUAAAGUGACUUUGGUAAAAUUUACUUAAAUCUAUGAGCUAGACCACAAUGUGUGAGAGAAUCAAAAUGAACAUUAAUGGCCCAGAUUUAUAUGCAUUUGCAUGUUUUUUUUUUAACAGUCUAAAAAGUAGCUAGAUAAGCUACAAAUUUGAAUUAUAGCAAUAGAUCUAAAAUGCAAAGUUUUAUUUUUAAUAUUUUGUCAUUUUUUGAUAUGUACUGCACAUUUCUGUAUUUUACGAUUUUUCAUUGCAUUAUAGUCGAAUACUUCAGUGUUUCAUACUCAUUUGUUUUACAAUUAUUUGUUGGUUUUACCUACAUAUUCCUAUGGUUUGUAAGGAAUUUGUUUGUUUUCUUAGAAUAUCUAAUCACUUCUAGAUUAGGAUAAUUAGUUUGGGACUAGUUAUUGUAAUCUGUAUAUAGAGUAGAUUUGUAUAAACAUACAUUUUUAUUUGCAUAUUUUUGCUUAUUUUAAUGAUAAUUGGUGCAUAAAUGUAUGCAUAUUUUGUACAUUUUUUGUGCAUAUAAUUCUGGGCCCUAAUAAUUAACUACGGUUCCUAAUAUAAUUUAAUGUAAAUCAGUGCGGUACUUGAUACAAAAAUCAUUGAUAAGUAGGAACUUUGCACGGUCUUGCUAGCAGCGUUUCGAAACUUGUUGGAUAAUGGCACACAUGUUACCUCUGCUGUCUUCGGUUCACUGUAUUCUGUGAAGUUGGGAAACACAUAUGUGUUUAUCAUCUGAAAUU